GUUACCUACCGCGACGGUGUAUCCUACCGUGUAGGUUGGGUAUGGAGUAGGUAGAGGCAGGUUUGCGAAACUACUAUUCUAUGCUCCGCGCAGCCUUCCAGAAACAGGCGAGCAUGCAUUGCAUGAGAUAUCUACCUGUCGUACGGAGUACAGCAUGGCGAGGAUUGGAGCUGCGAGUCGUGUCAAUCCUCGUCCUUUGUCUAGUUUGGAGUAUCGUGCACAUGUACACCGUACCGCCGGUAGUUACAGCAGUGAACGGUCGAGUGCAUGAUGUUGUAGCGUUAUCGGUCGGUGACACGCGGAAGAGCUGGUGCAGUGCAGUGCAGGCGUACCUGGCUCGCCCGAGGUUCACACGGCAGCAUGGAUGUCAAGAUGUACAGACUACGGAGUGUACAUGGACAACCACACAGUUCACAGCAAAGUACACAGUAUAUCAGAGAACUUUUUUCCCGUCCAAUGAGUUUUCUGCUUCACCGCCUUCGAAAAGAGAAUAGAUGAUCAUGGAGGCGGAUGACAUGGAUGGGCCAGGAUGACAUGGGCUGGCAUGGUUUGUUGACAUGGAUCGACUAUUUUGACAGGGGUAAACAAAGUUUUUUUUUUGAAAAAAAGGAAGAAGAGG